AUGAUGCUCAGGUCUGUGACCUUGUCCGCUAGCCUCAUCGCAGGCGCCAACGCGUUUUGGCGCAUGGAAUGUCCGGGUCGAGUUGGUCUUACUCGAUUGGAUCCAAUUGUCAACCCAAACUCGGUUUCUCCACACGUCCACGCUAUCCAUGGAUCUUCUGGUUUCUCUGACAAUUCAAACACACUUGACCUGCUCGAAGGUGAUUGCACAUCAUGUCGUGUGACGCAAGACAAAUCGAGCUACUGGACACCGGCGUUAUACUUUCAAGAUAACACUACUGGCAACGUCGAGCUGGUUCCUCAAGUUGGCGGCAUGCUUGCAUACUAUUUGCUAUAUGGAAAUAACGUCACCGCUUUCCCCCAAGGAUUUCGAAUGAUUUCUGGAAGUAAUGACAGACGAUCCUACACCGCUGGUGACCCAAGUCAGCCUGAUCCACCAAAGUCGCAAUGGGCAAGCCUUGGCCAGACCACGCAAAGUAUUUUGGCGGAGCGUGCUGUGGGCUUCAACUGCCUCAACUACGCCAGGAACCCCGAGGGCACUUUGUAUCGCCACUUUCUCCCGGAACAGACUUACCUUGACGCGAACUGCGCAGAUGGCCUGCGCUUGGAGCUCAUGUUUCCUUCCUGCUGGAAUGGCAAGGACCUGGACAGCAAGAAUCACAAAGACCACCUUGCCUUUCCCGAUCUCGUCAUGACCGGAAAUUGUCCUGACGGAUAUCCUGUCCGCUUGCCUAGUAUGCUCUACGAAGUCAUCUGGAACACUGCCGCUUACAAGGGCCGAAAUGGUCGCUUCGUCCUGUCCAAUGGUGAUACGACUGGCUAUAGCUACCAUGGCGAUUUCGUCACUGGAUGGGAUACCCCUUUCCUCCAGCGAGCUAUCGACACCUGCACCAACCCAUCUGGCCGCAUUGAAGAUUGCCCACUAUUCAACGUUGUUGACCAGGAAACAGCCACCUCUUGCAAAUUGAAGCCGUCUCUUCCUCAGCUUCUAUUCGGCGAGGACGUCAUUGGACCCAUGGCUAAGCUGCCUGGAGGUAUUCCUGUUGGUGGUAUGGCGCAGGCGCCUGCCCCAAGCUCAUCAACACAGGCUGCGCCUGUUCCAAUUCUUACCUAUCGCCCUGGUAGUACGCCAUCGGCUCCCGCUUCGCCUCUUCCUGGGGAUGUCUUCAAGGAGAAGAUUGAUACGUCGUCUGCUGCUGCUGCUGAAAAACAGCCUAGCAGCUCUUCUGUUGCCACGUCUUCUGUCACGACUUCUUCUGCCACGACUUCUGCUGCCAGCUCUUCUGUUCCCACGUCUUCUGUUACGACUUCUUCUGCCACCACUUCUGCUGCCAGCUCUUCUGCUACUACUUCUUCUACCACCUCUUCUACAACCAUUUCUUCCGUCACCACCUCCUUUGUUACCGCCUCCUCCGUCGGAGCUCCGAGCGUUAAUCCAACGACCACUACGCCGCCCUCCUCGGCGACGCCAUCCUAUUACAGCACCCAGUAUAUUACCGAUGGAAAUGUUGUCACGGAGAUUCUUUGGGAGGAGUCAUAUGUCACGGUAAUCUAUACUGGCGGCUCACCCGCUGCUACAGCUGCGCAUCCUGCACGGCGCAAGCUUCGACGGCGUGCCGCCCGUCACGGCCAUCUUCACGGAAAAUUUCGAUGA